GUGUAAACACGUCAACAUUGAAAAAAGUAAAUUCAAUUUUAAUAAAAAAAAAAUUAUUAAUGAAAUUCAAAUAAGUUAAAUUAAGAAGUGAGUUAAAAAUCAUCAAAAUGAGGCCAUCAGUCACGUCCAUCCUCAGUAUAGUAUUUGUAUGUUAUAUUAUCUACUCAAUGUUGACAUUUGCAACACUUUUUCGCCGACUUGAGUGUAGUGAUAAGUUUAGAUGCUAUCAAAGUUUUUUGAACAAAAAUCCAAAACUUCAGCUGGCUCUGUUUACGAGUCCUUCAACAAAUCCGAUAUCAUCGGAAGUGACAAAGAUUGUUAACAUUAGAAACUUUGAUUAUCAGGAUAAUUAUCAAAAUACAUUCCACAUCGAUGUUCCUUUAAAAACCCGCCGAAAUGGCACCUUAUACCUUUAUGCUGCACUUGCACUUAAUGAUGGUUCACUUAACUGGAAAGAUUUUCAGCGAGAAGGUCCAACAGUUAUUCAACGAGUCCCUCUUACAACUUAUAUGAUUCCAAAGGAUGAACUUUUUAAUCUCUUAGAAGACAAUGAAGCUGAAAAAAAAUCAAAAAACUUAAAAAAUGCAGCAAAAAAUUUGAAACCCAAAACUCAUAUAAAAUCAAAAGUUUUUCUCACAAUGUUGACUGAAGCUGCAUCACUUUCACCUCAAGAUGUCCAAAACACACCGGAACUUGCUAGAAUGACACGAAUGACAAAAACUAAUGAAUUUUUGCCAAUGGUUCAAAGCAAUAUCCUUAAGGAACGAGCAGUUUACAUGCUUGAAGUCACUAAAAAUAUAACUGAAAUCGAUUUGGAAUUCAACUAUUCACCAGCAUCAGUUGGAAAAUUCAGACUUAUUGCUCAUAUUGACAAUGCAAUGAAACAAUUGACUGGAUUAGGAUUUUCAUCAAAAGACAUUGAUGAAGUUAAGGAAAUAUUUGCAGAGGCUAAUUUGUAUUUGUUACUAGGAACUGUAUUUAUUGGAAGUAUUCAUACCCUUUUCGACUUUUUAUCCUUCAAAAAUGAUGUAAACUUCUGGAGAAAGAAGAAGAAUUAUGCUGGAUUGUCAGUUCGAACAACAAUUUGGCGCGCAUUUAGCACAAUCAUCAUUUUCUUUUAUCUAAUGGAUGAGAAAUCAUCAUUAUUAAUCUUAGUUCCAACGGGUAUUGGAGCACUGAUUGAGUUAUGGAAAUGCAAGAAAAUCCUUCACAUGGAUAUAAGUUUCAGGGGUGUGAAACUAAGAACAAGUGUUGAAAAUGAGAAUAAAGAAAUCACAAAAGCUGAAGCACUGACAAAUGAAAUUGACAAGCAAGGAAUGAAAUAUUUAAGCUUUAUCCUGUAUCCCCUGUGUAUUGGUUAUGCUGUAUACUCCUUAAUAUAUCAUCCACAUAAAAGUUGGUACAGCUGGACUCUUCAUUCUCUUGUUAAUGGUGUCUAUGCAUUCGGAUUCUUAUUCAUGUGUCCUCAACUAUUCAUCAAUUAUAAAAUGAAAUCUGUUGCAGCACUUCCAUGGCGUGCAUUUAUGUACAAAGCAUUUAAUACAUUUAUUGAUGAUGUCUUUGCAUUUAUAAUCACAAUGCCAACGUCACAUCGUAUUGCAUGCUUCAGAGAUGAUAUUAUAUUUUUAAUUUAUCUGUAUCAAAGAUGGUUGUAUCCAGUUGAUAAGACUAGAAUUGAUAUGGGAUCCUCAAUGGUGGAUAAUGAUGAAUAUGAAGCAAUAAAUAACGAAGAAACUAAAGAGGAAAUAAAAGAAAACAAAAAGGACAAAUAAAAAUUCUGUUUAAAUUUUGGUGCACAAUUUUAAGUUUUGUACUGACAGGAAUUUUAAAAAUAAAUCUGUAAACAUUUAUCUGUGAAAUAUUUAAAAUAAUUUUGUUAUUGUAGAAAUCCCGAAUAGCACAAGUCGGUUAAUCGAUCAGAAAUCCGGCACCAAUCUGAUAUGACUCUGGCAUAGUGCUGGAUUUGAAUCAAAGCCAGAGUUUGUAGAAUCUAAACACAGUUUAAAUAUACUUUAAUAUAAUCAAUCGUUUUAUUCGACUCUUAUCUACUUAAAUAUCUAUUCAAAAAGUGACCGUUAUUUAUCCGCUCAAUGAAGCUUCAUCCCCUCGAUCAUAACGCAGCUUCAGACCCCUACAGAGUUUAACCGGAGUCAUGCCAGCUUUCUAUUCUGUUAACUGACUUGUGCUAAUCGGGAACAUUUUUGAAAAGUUUUUUCAGCUUUUUUUUAAAAUAAAAACUAAUAUAGUAAUAAAACCAAAUUUUUUG